AAAAAAAAAGCAGAAGGAUCAAACCGGUUAAUAGAUUUUCUGAGAAGCAGGACACAUAUCUUGAAACACAUGGCAGCGAUUUCUCCAUGGCUUUCUUCUCCACAGAGCUUCUCGAGUCCCCGCGUUUCCACUCGGUAUAGUAAGAUCACUACAUGUCCUCAAUCCUUCUCAGCAAGAUGCACAUCACUUCCUCCUGCUGUCGUCGUCUCUGCUCUCGACAGUUCCAUCGAGGAACAACAUCAGAUACUGCCAAGAGAUGAGGUUGGGAUGAAGAGAAGGGAAGUCAUGUUGAACAUAGCUUCUUCCUCUGCUUUCUUACUUCCAUCCAUCGUUUCACCUGCAUUUGCAGAGACAAAUGCAUCGGAGGCUUUCCGUGUGUACACAGAUGAAGCUAACAAGUUCGAGAUAUCAAUUCCACAAGACUGGCAAGUCGGACAAGCAGCAGAACCUAACGGGUUCAAGUCAAUCACAGCUUUUUACCCUGAUGAAACUUCAUCAUACAAUGUGAGCGUAGCGAUCACUGGACUAGGUCCAGAUUUCACUAGGAUGGAAUCUUUUGGAAAGGUCGAAGCUUUUGCAGAAACACUGGUCAGUGGAUUGGAUAGAAGCUGGCAGAAACCAGCAGGAGUUACUGCGAAGCUAGUUGAUAGCAGAUCUUCCAAAGGGUUCUAUUACAUUGAGUAUACAUUACAAAACCCUGGAGAAGCUCGUAAGCAUUUGUACUCUGCAAUUGGGAUGGCAACUAACGGUUGGUACAACCGUUUAUACACUGUCACUGGACAAUUUAAUGACGAAGAAUCUGCUGAUCAAAGCUCCAAGAUCCAGAAGGCAGUCAAGUCUUUCAAAUUCAUCUGAGAAUAUCAUUCCCCUCACAUUGAUAAAACAUUUUGUUUACUGAACAAUUACUUCUUUCAAUCAAAUUCUUGAGAUAAAAAAAAAUUAACUCCA